UAGAUCAGACUGAACAACUGAAGAAAAUGUUUGACUUGUUUGUUCUGUUCUGUUUGUGCUGGUGCUGUCUGAUGGGUGUGUUUAGUGAGUCAGUGUCAGUGAUGGAAGGAGAUACUGUCACUCUAAACACUGAUGUUACUGAAAUACCUGAAGAUGAUGACAUAGUGUGGACAUUUAGAGACGACCAAUCUCUCAUAGGUGAAAUCACCAGAGCUGCUGGAAUCUUUAACACAUCUGAUGAUGUUCCUGAUGAGAGAUUCAGAGACAGACUGAAGCUGGACAGACAAACUGGAUCUCUGACCAUCACAAACAUCACAACUCAACACACUGGAGAAUAUAAACUAGAGAUUAGUGGAGCUGAACUGACAUCAAAAACAUUCAGUGUUUCUGUCUACGCUCCUCUGCCCACUCCUGUCAUUACCAGAGACUGUUCAUCAUCAUCUUCAUCAUCUUCAUCAUCUUCAUUCUCAUCACAGCAGAAUUGUUCAUUGUUGUGUUCAGUGGUGAAUGUGGGUCAUGUGACUCUCUCCUGGUACAAAGGAAACAGUUUAUUGUCCAGCAUCAGUGUGUCUGAUCUCAGCAUCAGUCUCUCUCUACCUCUGGAGGUGGAAUAUCAGGAGAAAAACAGCUACAGCUGUGUGAUCAACAAUCCCAUCACAAACCAGACCACACAUCUCAACAUC